ACCACGUUGUCCACUCUAGCCAUUCCCCAUGUCUCCCAGGAACUCUGCACCUGCGAUAGUUGACAUGCUCAAGCGCACAUCCUGCCGCAAGAUUUUAGGCCAGGCCAGUAUGCAUUCUCUGCUCACCGACGUUCAAUCCGAGCUCGAGAACGAGAAAUAUGCGCUCCAGGUCGACUCCCUUCCCGAGCUCGAGGAGAUCUUCCCAACCUUGCGCGGAGGAGGCUCCACGGAUCUGUGCGAAUCUUACCCUCGUAGCAACGAGCCUUUCUCCAUGGACGAUGUCGUCUUUUAUCUUCACUCGUCUGGUUCGACUGGCUUUCCAAAGCCCAUUCCUCAACGCCAGGCCGAUAUGCUCCAUACGUGCAGUGCUCGUGCGUAGUUUUUCA